UCGGGCGUCGUUAAAUGACCGCGCGGCUCUCUAACUGUGUGUGUGUGUGUGUGUGUGUGUGUAUGAGUGGGUGAUGAAUUUCACGCAUUAACUGGCGCUAUAUACAAACAAAAAGAUAUUUUUUUGGCAAUUUGCUUGCCUGUUAAGUGAAAACGAUUUAAGCGAACACAAACUUAAGUACAAACUAACAGACAUAAAUUAAUAUACAAAAUAGCGCAACGCGUCAUUAAAAAUAACAGCAAAUAGUUGAGCAUUCGCAACGUUGCCAGCCACAGAUUAUUGCAGCUGUUGCUUUAGCUAAAAAUUAUUGACAGCCAUGCAGCAAACUAAAUGACACAAGUACGAACUCGCUUUGUGAUAAACCCAAGUUGAAGCAAUUUGAGACACAGAGACUCUGAAAAAAAAGACACACAACUUGACUUAACUGAACGCCCCCAACACAGAAAAGACAAAUUAUAAAUUAGCAACUUAGUCUUAGCCAACAAAGCCAACAAAAUAUUUAAAGACCAAACCGUCACCAUGUCACAUGGGGACCGUGAGGAAUGUACGUAAUAUAUCCCGCCGAUGAGCUCAUCUUGAUGACCUAUGGUUACUUCGCGCCACGUGUAAGUCCGCGCCCCACGCUCGACUGUCUGCGCGAACCGCUCGUGCCCAUUGAGUUUCCAAAUCGCAGCAGCAGCAGUAACAGCAAUUCCAACAAUCCUCAAAGCAACAGCAACACAGUUGAUACAGUUGACGCCGCCGCCGCCACCAGCAGCAGCAGCAAUCAGAACGACGACUCCUUUGCUCUACAGUGGACUGGUGUAUCCACUGCCGCUCAGUCCAUACCGCCACGCAUUCCUUGCGUCUUAGCAGCGCCCACGCCCGCUAAUUCACCCACACAGCAAACGCUCGCGCCACUUGCCGCGCCCCCCACGCCCAACUUCUUUAGCUUCGAGCAGUCAGCGCCUGAGAGCGCCACAUCGCACCACACACGUCGCAUCUCGCGCACCUCACGCGCCUCCUUGACACACUCCAAUCAAAACUCCGCCGGCAGCAAGCGCAGCAGCGUGCGCAGCAGCAGCAGAGCGCCGCCGCUGACUCCGCUGCUCACAGCACAGCGUCCACUGAGCGCGCCCAUGUAUAAUGACACCAGCAUGCAGCAAGGCACUGGCUCCAGCUCUAGCACUGCACGCGCACCAUUCCAGCGCAGCAGCGCCUACGACGAGGAGCAGCAGCUACCACAACAGGAGCAGCAGCAGCAGCUGCUAAGCGACACGCGCUCACGCAGUCCGAGCAUAUUUCUCGAGCCACCCACGCCAGAUCCUACACAUGCACACUUUGGUCCCGGCUGGGGGCGGCCCAUGUCGCCCAUGGACUUGCCACCGGAGCACACGAGCAACAGCAGCAAAUCUCCCAGCGGCAGCAAGUCUAGGUUGCGCCCCAAGCUGCACAUACCGCUGGGUCGACUGGGACGCAGCACGAGCUCGGAUACGCGCGAGCGCGAGAGCAGCCGCCUGCGCGAGGAUGUGCAUGUGCAUGUCGAGAAUCCGGUGUUCAGCAGCGAGAACUUGCGACAAAACAACUUUGAUGCAUUCUUUGAGGCACGCGAACCCGUCAUCAAGCUCAAGCCGCGCACGCCCCACACUGCGCCCGCCGGCGUCGAUGUGCCCCUGGAGCGCUAUGCCGGCGUCUAUGAUUCACCACGAACGCGCAGUGCGGCGAGCAGCUCCGCUGGCGGUUUGUUUGCGCGUUCGCCACGCGAGGAGCGCGAACAUGCGCUCAAUGCGCGUUCACGCAGCGCUGAUCAUUGGGAUGAGGCGGGAGCGACUGGCAGUGGCGCUGGGGGGGCUGCUGGUGCAGCUGGUGGCGGUGCGCCCUCCAAAGGUGACAGAUUCUUUGGCAAAAUCUUCAAGUGGUCGAAAAAAUCGUAGUUACUUUGGGUGGAGGGGACGACCACGCGGUGGUUCCCUUAGCCCACAGGGCAGCAGCAUGGCGUCCUACAAUGGUGUAUUAAAGGAUUACAGUCACAGCA